UCCCACUUUUCACCUCACUACCCUCUCAUCUCCCCUGUUUUCCUCUGUUUUUUUUUUUUCUGUUUUUUUCCUCUGUUUUUGUUAAAAUUUUAUAUAUCCUCAGUUCCUCACAAAUCAAGACCAAGUAUGGGAUCAACCUCAACACAAAACACCCAAAUGGGGGAAGACGAGGCGUGCUCAUUCGCCAUGACGGUCACAAGCGGGUCUGUCCCGCCCAUGGUUCUUAAGGCAGUGAUUGAGCUUGAUGUACUUGAGAUCAUCAAACGGGCUGGGCCGGGUGCCCAUCUUUCACCGGCCGAGAUUACGGCCCAAUUACCUUCCAAGAACCCAGAUGCUGCCAACAUGUUGGAUAGGAUGCUCAGGCUUCUUGCUAGCUAUUCAAUCCUAUCUUACACCCUUCAAACCCGGCCCGAUGGGCGGGUUGAAAGGCUAUAUGGGCUUGCCCCGGUUUGCCAAUUCUUGACCAAGAAUGAAGAUGGUGUCACUUUGGGUGCUCUGUCUCUUAUGAACCAAGAUAAGGUUCUCAUGGAAAGCUGGUACCACCUAAAGGAUGCAGUUCUUGAUGGUGGCAUUCCAUUUAACAAAGCUUAUGGAAUGACUGCAUUUGACUACCAUGGAACAGAUCCUAGAUUCAACAAAGUCUUCAACAAUGGAAUGUCGAACCACUCUACCAUUACUAUGAAACGAAUCCUCGAUACUUACAAAGGAUUCGAGGGUCUCUCAACCUUGGUGGAUGUUGGAGGUGGCACUGGUGCUACUCUUAACAUGAUCCUCUCUAAACACCCUACUAUUAAGGGUAUCAACUUCGAUUUGCCUCAUGUUAUCGAAGAUGCACCCACAUAUAACGGAGUGGAGCACGUUGGAGGAGAUAUGUUCGCAAGUGUACCAAAAGGAGAUGCUAUGUUCAUGAAGUGGAUUUGUCACGAUUGGAGCGAUGAGCAUUGCCUAAAGUUCUUGAAGAAUUGCUAUGCUUCCUUGCCAGACCAUGGCAAAGUGAUUGUAUGUGAGUACAUCCUCCCAGUGGCACCAGAAACCAGCCUCGCAGCAAGGACAGUCUUCCAUGUUGACGCGAUCAUGUUGGCACACAACCCGGGUGGGAAAGAAAGGACCGAACAAGAGUUUGAAUCCUUGGCUAAAGGAGCUGGAUUUGAAGGAUUUAAAGUGGCUUGCUCUGCUUAUGACACUAAGGUCAUGGAAUUUUUGAAGAAAGCAGCUUAACCAAUCAAGCAUUGGAUUUUAAUUCAGCUUACAUGCAUACUAAGAAUUUUAUGGGUCUGAUUUUGUGUAUGGGGUUAUGAUUUUAUAAAAUGUUGUAUACUUGUGAGUUAUAAUCAUAUGAUCACCUCUUCAAAGGUGCUUCCCUUUUCCCUAUAUUAAUUAAUAAUAUGGUGAUCAAUCUUUUUACAGAGUACC